AUGACGGCGAUUUCAACGGGAGGUGGUCCAACUUUGGAACAAAGAAGAGCCUUCACGGGACUGAAGGAUGGCGCAGAGGUUCCAGGAUACAGAGGUUAUAUCCCACAGAUGAAAUACAGAGUGGGAGGAACAUAUGGACAUGAAACCAGUGCUCUUAGCAAGGAGUAUGGGAUGAAACGAGGGGCAACUACUCUUGGUUCUUGCCAACCAGAAGUUGUUGUAAAUCGCCUGCCAUCCACGACCGAAGACAGAAAGUUUACAGAGAAAAUGGUGCCAGGCUACACAGGCUAUGUUCCACGGCUGCUGUUCAGAUAUGGCGGGACCUACCGACAUGACUGUGAUCACAGCAUUGAUGACUUCAUAACCAACAGGGAUAGUUACGCUGCAAGGCAGGAAGAGCUACUGCGGCACACUCUGGCAAACCCCAAGUUGACUGCUAUCUCUUACGACCCUGAAGUGAGAGAUAAGCUUAACCAAUACAGAGAUACUCAUCCAUCGGCAACUACGCUACGUGCUGACAGAAAGCCUCUGAGAGAGCCACCUGUGCCUGGGUACCAAGGAUUUGUGCCUCGGGUCAAUACCACUGAAGUUGGCUUAGGCAAGACCUACCACCGCAGCACUGACAAUGGGCUGGACCUCUUCAGCAGAGAGCAGCAGCAGCAUCACCACAGAUUGAUGAAUAAUGCCAGCUUUUUACAGCCUAUUACUCUGGGAAAUGCACCAGUAGACUUUACAGCUAAUAUGACACGGCCUGGUAUGGAUUUUAGCACACGUGUUUAUGCCAAAAGUGGCAUGAUUCCCAAGUAUACAGGAUACAUUCCACAUCGGCGAUUUGUGUUUGGCCACACUUAUGGAGAUGAAACCCGCAGCUUGGAGGUUUGUGCUCACGAUGCACCAAACUUUGGAGUGUAUACCAGGUCGAAGACAAUGGCCUGA